AUGGAAACCGAGACCAGCCUGACAGCCCCGCCGAACACACCCGAAAAAAACCCUUACGAGGGUGUUUGUCAACGCAAGGUCGAUGCCCAAAGUCGCAAUUUGGACCCUACUUCUUGCAAGUCCUUUUACUUGCCUCAUGAAAUAAUCGAAAUAUCUUCUGAGAGUGACGGCAAUAGUGAUGAGGUUACCGUUCCGAACAGUCCAAGAGUUGUUGAAGAAGAUAUCAACGAAGGCGACCAGUCCUCUGAUAAUGCUUCCCGUGCAGAUGCAGCCGAGGAUGAAGUCAAUGGCAAUAUCAACAAAUCCAACGACGGAAGCAUUGCAUACUCCAAUAGCCUUUUAGCAACUGAAUGUCUUCCGGAUGGGGAACACACCAGGUUUUCUAAUACGGCGGAGUGGCCAUCGAGCAAGUCCAGUAUCAUCACCAGGAGACUUGACAGCCCUGCAUGUGAAGAAUGCGGUUCUAUCGGGCAAAAGUUUGGUGAAGGGGGUCAUGUUGGCGGCAAGAUGUUUCGUCACAUCGGUGAUCUAAACUUUUUUGACGGCCCCUUUUACCCAGAUUUGGGGCUGCACCCCUCGGCUUGUCCCGAGAUGCCUUUGCCAGAAAGGGCUAUUGCUUUCUUUAUGUAUCAUUAUGAUCUUGAAUCACCUAGCCAGAACAAAACCGACGAUAUGGGUGUUAUCCUAUUGAAGAGCGACGAGGCAUGGGAGCAUUACCGACUGGCAUUUGAAGCUUGCGCUAUGGCGUCGUUCAUCAAUGAGACGGGUGGGCAGCUUGAAUACAAAAGCUUGACUAUUGAGACAUACAAUAAAGCACUGAUGGCGAUGCAUAGCGCACUUCAAGAUCCAGAUGUCGUUUAUGAGGAUGCAACCUUGGCUGCAGUUUUACUUCUAGCCCUGUUCGAAUGCUUAAAUCCUACGACUGGGGAGCAAGAAAGCUGGCGCAAUCACGUACAGGGUGCUAUUGAAUUGGCCCGAGGACGCGGUCACAAACAGACUGACACCCGAAUUGGACACAUGUUAUUCAGGGCAACCCGCACUUUAAUGGUAAUAUAUAGUCUCGCAACACUGGAAGAUGAAAAGGACAAGGAGCUCUGGUGGUCCGAAGACGAUGAAUACACUUCGACCCAACAGCUUUACGUUGGAGUGGCUUCGCUUGGCGCGGAGGCUACGGCUCUUCUUGGUCCGUCCGGACGUAGAGAAGUAGUCGAAGUCAUGCUUAAGCGGUGUCAAGCUCAUGAUCGAGCUUGCAAAGCCAGGUGGGAGGAGUUGUUAAAGAGUACACAGGGUAUUAGCUCUAACAAUACGGACCCCUGGCUGCUGAUGCUUCUGAAUAUGCUGACAUGUGCACGAAUCCUCCUGAACUCAAUCAUUAUGAGAUGCGCGACCUGGACUUACAAGGUCCCCAAUUAUCAAACCUCUGAAGAGUAUGAUGGCGCCUGUUCUGCUCUGGCGGAAAUUAUUCUUCACAGCGCCAAGGUCAACGAACAGCAACUCUGCUGGGCCGGAGAAGCGCAGUCGUCGUUUGCAGAACUCGACGUUCAAUUACAGCCUGACCGGGAUUCGAGCGGAUGCGCCAUCAACAAGUGGAUAGAAGAUAAUAGGGACCUCAGGAAAGAGAAGCCAUUGGUAGGGUUACAACCGUUAGCCCUUAUCUGGUCUUUAAAAUGCCUCACCGAUGACCAGAUAAUCGCCGUCGACACCCGAUUACAACGCAUCCUGGGAAUCCGUGGGGCCUUACCACUUCAUGACCAUAGGGCUAGUAUGCCGUCAUAUCGGUUCACGGUGGAGACGCCAUGCUCGUCACCCUACACUAGUGAGGUUUGCUGCACAACGGAUCCUCGCAAGCCUGGCGUGCGAGAUUCUGCCCCACAUCCCAAACGUACCAAGUACACGGAGGAGGAUAGAGAUGCUCUUCUUGAUCUUUACGAGAAGGGUACCACUUGGCAGGUAUUACAAGACCGCUUUCCCGGUCACACUUUACGGCACUACUGGACCGACAUUCAAGACACCUUUCGCGGUUGCUCUAAAAAGAGGCUUCGAAAGUUGUACUCUGAGUACAAGUCUCACUCCUUGGCUGCCAGCCUUAAGGAGAUUAAGGUUCAUCCUCAGAAUGGGAUGUGA